AUCAAUGAAAUGAAACCUAACGGCGGUGGUUUUCUUGUAAUCGAGUAUAAAACAAUUUAAAUGUUCUCCUUUUAUUGUAUUUUGGUUUGACCUGAUGGUGUUGUUACCCUAUGCUAUAUAUAAAAUAACAACAACAAAUGAAUAAAAUGAUUUGAUUGUUGAUAUUGAAAGACAAUUAAUAUUAGUGGUUUUAAAAUAAAUUUGAAUGAUUUAAAGUACUAACUAAGUUAUUUUACGCGUGAGAGUUUUAUUAUGUCAAGCUCUGAUUCAGACGAUGAGAAUAUUGUAAGAUAUGGUACUCCACUCGAGCCUUUCGAAGAAGAUGAAAUACCAUCAAAAAGAAAGUUUCAAGAACCAUCAGAUCAAUAUGCUGUCGAUGCUCAUGGGCGACGACGUUUUCAUGGAGCAUUCACUGGAGGCUUCUCAGCUGGAUAUGGCAAUACAGUUGGUACAUUGGAAGGAUGGACACCAUCCAGCUUCAAAAGCUCUCGGAGUGAAAAAGCACAACUAGCUAACCGAAGACCUGAAGAUUUUAUGGAUGAUGAAGACCGAGGAGAGUUUGGUAUUGCUCCUAAACAUGUUCAAACACAUGGAGAAUUCUCCGGUCAAAAGAGGUCUCGACCAGCAGUAGUCUCCCAAGGUCCAAUACCAGGUGAACCAGUGUUAAAACAACUACUCCGUCCUGUCCAUGAGACAGCAGCUGUAAGAAUGCUUAAAGCUAUGGGGUGGAGAGAAGGACAGGGUACAGGAGCCAGACUUAGAAAGAGAGAGAAGAAGAAAGCUAAAGAGGAACAUAGAGUAUAUGGGUGCUAUAUACCUAAGGAGUUAAGGGAGCACAAUCAACAACACUCUGAUGACAGCUCGGAGUCUGAAUUCGAAUAUGACACGCUAUUUGCGCCAGACGACUAUGAGCCAUAUGUUCUACAACAUAAGAGCAAUAGAUUUGGUCUUGGAUAUAGCGGCUUGAGCAGACAUUCAGUGCUUGGAAACUUGGCGGGGGAAUACGGAGAGAAAGAGACAAGGAGUCACUUAAUAAUGAAGGAUAAAGGAAGACGGGUAUCAAUUCGGGGCCAUGCGUUUGGUGUGGGGGCCUUCGAAGUAGAUGAUGAAGAUAUUUACGCCGUGGAAGAUAUGUCACACUACGACUUCACCUUAGGCGAUAGCGACAAGAAACCGACUAAGAAAACUGUUAAGACAAGUAAUAGUGUAUUGCCCGGUUUCGUGAAGGCCACCAAGCCGUUUCCCCCCGUCCCGUCGUACCCUCCCCCGAUGUUGCCCCGAGGGUACGUCCCUGCCCCGGCUGGUAACAAGCGCACCCGGUUUGACGCCACCACCGCGAAGCAGCGAGAUCAAGGAUUAGGUCGCCACGAGCUUACACCUAAGGCAAGGGGGGAAUUAUUAGGAGAAACUCCUUUUACACCAGGACAGGCGAUUAAACAGAAUGAAGAAGUUACACGAGAAACUUCAACAACAUCUUCGAUAAAAAUUAUAGAUUUUACAACAGCGGCAAAAGUUAAAGAUGUCGCGACGCCUACGACAGCUGAAAAUGACUUCAUAUCGAUAAAAGAUUCCGGCAAAGACUUUAAACCGGUUUUCAAGCCGUUCGCCAGCGAUCCGAAGAAGCAGUCCAGAUAUGAGAGCUAUUUGCAGGAUAAGAAUAGUUUAGAAAGAGAUGGCAGUAUAGACAACGUUAGUAAGUGGGAACGAGAUAGGGAGAUGUUGGAGUUUGAGCAGGCGGCCAAGUUGUAUAGGCCUUUGAGCGGCGUGAUGGGGGAUAGAUUCACACACGCAUUGCUACCUGACGAUGCGUUGAACCCAUUAACGGCGGUCGCCAGAAGUUCAACCGAUUACGGACUAGUCACCGCCGAGCAAAUCGCAGCCGCGGAAAAGGGGGCAUUUGGAGUGAUGACGCGACGUAAGACUGAGUGGCGGCCGGAGUCUCUGGUCUGCAAAAGAUUUAACGUGCCGGAGCCGGGAGGAGAAAGAAAGGAACCCAAGAAGGAUGAAAAGGCAAAAGUAUCGUACUCGAUAUUCUCGUACAUGGAGUCAUCUGUACACGAUAAAGACAGCUUCACACAGGAACAAAGUAAAUUUAGUGGAUCCAAAUCAAUUGCAAGUGUAUCAACACGAGCUGAUAAACCACCUGAGAAAGUUCCAGAAACUAUUAAUAAGAGAAUGACAGUAGCAGAGCUAUUUAUGAAAGAAGCAGAAAAAGAUUUAGAAAAAACCGAGGGAGUCAAAGUUGAGGAGACAAUAGAGAAAUUCGACAAAAUGGAUUUAUAUAAAGCUAUAUUUUUGAGUGACAGUGAAGAGGAGGGCAAUGAUUUCGUCGAUGCGCCGAAAAACGUGGAAAGAAAUACAUCACCGCCUCGAGGUAUAUUUGCGAAUAUAGAUUUCGAUGAAAUUAAUUCAUGGCGGAGAAGUGAUGAUAAAAAUACAGCCGGAUCAAAUACUGGUAAUAGUGAAGAAAAGACUAAAGUGGAUGGAGAUGGUGAGAAAUCUAAAGAUGACCAUGUUAAUGAUAAAACAAAAACGUCUGAUGCAUUAGAGGAGUAUGGGCCAAAGAUUCCUGAAAAUUUUCAGCGGUCGGAAAAUCCAGUGGAGAUCAGGCCUAAGUUUAGAAGCAAAGAUGAGAGAAAAUAUUCUUCAAGCUCCGACUCGUGGGUCGAUGUAACAGAGCUGAAGCCGAAGAAACAUAAGAAAAAGAGCAAAAAAAACAAGUCGAAGCAUAAAAAGUCUAAACAUAAAAAGAAAGAUAGAUAGAAUGAUAAGUUAAAAUAGGUCAAUGAAGAAGCAAGAUAUUUAAAGACAGAAAGGACUCAAACCACACUUUGGUCAAAAUAGGGUGAAGUAUGCCAUCAUACUCCUGAAGGUUUUGACCUUCAGGAGUAUGAUUCGUCUGACACAUAGUGAAAACCCUAUUUUUUAAAUUUACACGGAAUCUUUUUUUUACAUUUAUUUGGAAGAUUAUUUAGAGCUGAAACUUCCAAUGCCUUAAAAGUGCCUUUGUGUGGUUUGCGUCCUUUCUGCUUAACUACGUCCGAUUGUAUAUCGAAAACAAGUGUCGUAGUAAUUUUGAAAUUUAUUUGUUACAUAUUUGACUUAAUCUCAAUUUAAUAAUGUUAGUAUGACUUAUUCUGCUCUAUAUAACAUAACCAGAUAACAUCAAAUUUCCCCAGUGAGCUCUAUCUUAACUAAAUUGCCUGCAGUUAAAACGGCUCUUUAGUUAAACAUCAAAACAUAAUUGGUGUUAUUACAAAAAAAUAUACGCGUGUUGAACACUUAUAUAAAAAAGUUGUAUUACAAACCCGUGUCUUUUUUUUGUUAAGCGCCAAUUUUUUGACGUCGCUCAAAUAGUUAGACAUUGUUUAACAAAACACGUGUCUGAGCCAUGCUUAAAUUAUUAUUUGUAUUAACACCGAAUAUGUUAUGUUAUGUUAUACUCCCGAACGAUGCAAUAAUUGUAAGCUGUUAUUAUAUUAAUAAAUAUAUGUAUAUUGUUGA